CACACCGCGGGGCCGGCAAGCUGGAGGCGGUGUCCUCCUCCUGUAGCAGCCGACGGUGGUGCCAGCCAUGGGGCCUCGGGUGGAGAGGGCCCGAGGUGGACGCAUACAUUCUGCGGUGUAGCGCCUGGAGGGACUCGGGGCAUGGCCGGACCCCUGCGGAGCCGGGUGGAGGAGCUGAAGCGGCCCUGGUGGAGGGAGAGCGCCCCCCUGGUGCUCCAGCACAGCGAGGCUGCAAGGCUGGCGACAGACGCCCUCCUGGAGCGGGGUGAGGCUGCCUACCUUCACGUCAUCUCUGAAGAGCGGGAGCUGCCCUUCCUGAGUGCCCUGGACGUGAACUACAUGAUCAGCCACGUGCGUGGGGCUCCCGAGCUCAGCGAGUCCCAGGGGUCAGAGACCUUAGGGCAGGACCGCCUCAGCAUGCUCUCCGAGGUUACCUCAGGCACCUACUUCCCCAUGGUUUCUGACUUAGACCCCCCAGAUCUGGACCUGGGCUGGCCCGAAGUGCCGCAGGCCACAGGGUUCGGCCCCACCCAGGCCGUGGUUCACUUCCAGCGGGACAAGGGCAAGAGCAUCAAGGACCUGCUGCGAUUCCUCUUCAGCCAGGCCCAGACGGUGGUGGCUGUGGUGAUGGACAUAUUCACUGACAUGGAACUGCUGUGUGACCUCAUGGAGGCCUCCAGCCGGCGUGGCGUGCCCGUCUACCUCCUUCUGGCUCAGGAGCACCUGAAGUACUUCCUGGAGAUGUGCCAUAAGAUGGACCUCAACGGGGGUCAUCUGGUGAACAUGCGUGUGCGGAGCACAUGUGGAGACACGUACUGCAGCAAGGCAGGCCGCCGGUUCACGGGGCAGGCCCUGGAGAAGUUUGUCAUCAUUGACUGUGAGCAGGUGGUGGCGGGCAGUUACAGCUUCACGUGGCUUUGCAGCCAGGCCCACACCAGCAUGGUCCUGCAGCUGAGGGGCCACAUCGUGGAAGACUUUGAUCGGGAGUUCCGAUGCCUGUACGCAGAGUCGCAGCCUGUGGAUGGCUUCUGCGGCAAUGAGGAUCCACUGCUUCCCCGGGUACCUCGGCCUCCCCCUGUGACCCUGGCCUUUGGACCCGGACUUCCGAGCGCUACAGGCUCCUCGCCCUCCUGUAACAGCCUCAGCAGCAUCAAGCACUCACCUCUUCUGGGCCGUUCUUCCUAUCUCGCUCUACCGGGAGGUGGUGGCUGUAGUGACAUGGGUAUAAGUUCCUCAUCCCCAGGUCCUGCCCACCACGAAGUUGGUGGCCAGCCAUCCCUGUACCGUCAGCUUUCAGAUCCUAACCAUAUCUCCUCUCCUGGACCCUACAGGGCCAACCUAAGCAAGCUGGGGGCAUCUCCAUGGUCCCAGUCCUCUCCUGCCCUCAACCACAGCAGUGCCAGUCCCUUGACCCUGACAGUGGGGUCACCUUUGCUCCCAUGUUCCCGCCCUCUCCUCCACCUUACUAGGGGGGUCCCAGCCCUGUCCCAGCUCCCAGAGAAUGGGUUCCUAGCAAGCCAAGAGCCUAGCCUGCCACGAGGCCGCUGGGUAACUGGCACAGCUCUGGAGACGGUGAAAGAGAAGAAGGCAUCUCUGAGCCAGAGCCACGAUCACCUGGAUCGCCUUGUCCCCUUCCCUAAAGCAGAAGCAGGAGGCCCCAGCUCUAGAGUACCCGCCAACUCAGAUUCCCUUCAGCGUGGCGAGCAGGCUCUAGAUGACAGGAGAUUGUCCCUGAGCCACAGUUACAGCCAGCUGGAUCUCCUGUCCCAAGGUCAUGGGGCCCCUGAGUCAGGGUCCCUCAGACCUGGUGAUCUGGGUCUAGAGGACAGGAAACUGUCCCUAAACCAGAGCCAUGGCCAAAUGGACCUCCUGCCACAAAACCCCAAGGCCCAGGCCUCUAAAAUAACUCCUGAUGCCAGUUCUUCAGCCAGGCUUGGCAAGGAGAGUCUAGAUGAACGGCGUCAGACCCUGGGCCACAGUCAGCUGGACCUCAUCACCAAGUUUGGGCCAUUCAGGAGUGAGGGGCCUGGGCCCAGUGGUCCCCCAGAACCAAGCCCAGUUCCCAUGGUGGGAGCUGGCUCUGCAGAUGAGAAGCGCCUGACUCUGGGCCACAGCAAACUGGACCUCAUCACCAAAUAUCAUCACUUACAGGGUCCCAGGCCCAGACCUGAGCCGGGCCUCAUGGCAGCUCCCAUCAGUGGCCAUCAAAAUGGUAGUAGCAAUGACCUGUUUGCACCUGAGAAACGGCUGACUUUAGGCCACAGCAAACUGGACCUCAUCACUAAGUACAACAAGUCCAAAUUCAAGCAGCUCCGAAGUCGCUUUGAGUCCUAGCCCUGCUCCGAGCAGGGACAAGGCCUCCCUCUGUCCAGAGUUGACGUGCUCAGCUUUCAGACUGGAGCAUGAGGGGUUGAAGCUGGGGUGCUGCCUAAAAAGGGAGGCAUCUAGCAGCACAGGCUAGAUACUCUUUUAUACACACACAUACGCAGAGAGAGAUACAAACAGAACCUAGAGUUACUGAGUGUUUUCUAUAUGUCAUUGGGGUGGACACUUCAUACCAGUUAUUCUCAUUCUCCAUCUUCUCUAGAUGGACCUCUUGUUGGCAUAUAGUUAUAUUAAGUAUUAUUCUUCAUUAUUCUUCCUGUUUUAAAAAGUCUUUGAAAUCAGAACAUUUAUUUUAUGGCUGGCUGAAAUCCUGAAGAUGAACGGGAUGCUUCAACAGCUGCCCUCUUGGGUGUUGUUCCUUCACGGAAUCUGUGAUGGAUAAAUUUAGGCGCCUCAUCCAUCCGGUCCCGGUAACAUUUUGUCUCUUAGCCUUGGCACUCCAGCUAUACUUCCGCUUGUACUUGGCAGGGCAGCCACAUUCACUAUAAGCCCACUUCCGACGGUGGUAGGCCUACCGUGGCAGCACCAGGAUGUGUGUCUUACUGUGACGCCUGCCAAAUGAUGAUGUUCCUUUUGUCACCUCACUUCAGUCGCAGAGGCCAAAUUGACCAGAAGAUAUCCCUCCCAUUUUAUAAGUAUGGGAGCUGAAGUCCAGAGUUUGGAUAGUGAAUUUGGAGGCGGAUCCAAGUAAAUGACCGGGUAGGAAGCUCUGCCAGGCUGGUGUUCUCUGGCUCAAAAUACCUUGUUUGCACAGACACAACACACAGUAUCUGCAGUUCCUGUGUUCCCUCGUACAUAUUAUACAGACACUACGAGGGUGCCUCAAACGCCUGUGCAGUACACACAGUGACUAGGCACACCCGUAGGUGCACACAGUGAGUGCGCAUAGCUCUGUGAUUCACUCAAACAACUUUAGUUGCAGCUACAAAAUCGAUCUUCUCUGCUUAAAUGAAUGGCCAUAAAAUACACACAUCCAGCACACACCACAGAACCGCCUUGAGGUUUAUGGUGUCCACACGCCUCCAUCCUAACUCUGCUCACCCAAAGCUGUGCUCACAGCCCUGCCCUGACCAUGCCAUAGAGCCAAAAGGUUACUGAGAUGCAGAUCCUGAGGGCUGCAGCUUAAAUGCAUAAACCAUGGAGAACAAAGACAGAGCUGUAUCAAUUGAGACGUGUACUAGGGACAGAGAGGGUCAUGGAAGAUGGUGGAGUGAUCAGGAAGUCUAUCAGAGAGAGGAUGACUUUAAGACAGGCCUACCAGAUGGAGGAGAGAGUUAGAAUUCUUGCUAGAGUAAGGCAGACGGAGAGAAGGCUUAAUGAGCAGGUCAGGGGUGGACUGGAGAAGGUACGCAGUGAAUGAAUGGACAGCUGGACGCAAAUACACAAGUCACCUUGCUGAAUGUCUCCUGAAGCUCAGGCUUUGGCUGGUCACGGGCCUUUGUCCUGAACGUACCACUGUGCAUGGUACAAAUCAAUAAAGGCCUUUAUGCUCA